GAAAAGAAAAAAAACUUAGAACACAUACGCGCACUCAGUUCUCUGACUGCACAGCUGCAAUUGCGCGGUGGCUGCGUUUGAGGACGAAGACUGAAUCUCGUUACAGGCCUGGAACACGAUGACAGUCGGCGAGUUCCUCAUAGCUUUUCUUCUUUUCGCUAAUUUCUUUUCAGCAGAGAUGUACUUGAAUAAUGAAAUUGAAGUUGGAUCCAAGCUGCCGCCUCCCAGCUUUACCCAUCCCAUGUCGCCGGGACUCCAAGGUCAUCCUCGCGUCAAGCGACCCUUCUACAUCAUCGGCCAUAUGGUGAACUCGGUGGAAGAGGUGGACAAGUUCCUGCGUCAGGGGUCCAACGCCCUCGAGGUGGACAUUGAGUUUGCCGACAAUGGUACCGUGCUUGGGACGUACCACGGCCUCCCAUGUGACUGCUUCCGAGGCUGCUUCAAGCGGGAGCCAAUAGGAGAAUACUUGGACCACGUCCGUAACCUCACUUCCUUGCCCCAUUCCAAAUACAGGGGUAAAAUGAGCCUCCUCUUUCUCGACCUGAAGACAACAAAAAUUCCGAAAGAGGCUAAGGCCGUGGCAGGUGUUACGCUUGCCCUGAACCUUGUGAACCAUCUCUGGAAAGGCGUGUUGCCGAUGGACCGAAUGAACGUGCUGCUUUCCAUCGGCUACGUCAAGGACCGUGACGUCACCAGAGGGGCCCUGGCAUUUUUGAAGGAGAAGGGACAUGCGGAUCUUUUACCCAACAUUGGUUUCGACGUGGGAAUGAACGACCCACUGAAAAGCAUCGCACGUAUGUACAAGAGGCUAGGCAUCAAUGGUCACAGGUGGCAAGGCGACGGCCUCUCCAACUGCCUGCGUUUCCUCAUGCCUGUGGACAGGCUUAAAGCGGCGGUCAAGUUACGAGACAGUGAGGACGGCUACGUCGACAAGGUGUACCACUGGACGAUCGACCUGCCCUAUUACAUAGAGAAGAGCAUCAGUGUAUCCCAGUUCCUUCUCCAGCUGUCGGCGCUGUUCAUCAAGUCCCAUUGUGAACACCGUGGUAGCAAAGGGCGGUUAUGGAUACUUUUUUUUAGUAUUGUCUCGCAGGUCGGGAGCGUAAUGGCAGUCAACGAAUUUCUCGCAGUUUCUCUGUUUUUCGCCAACAUCUUUUGCGCAGAGCUGCCGCCCUCCGAGUUGACCUACCCCACGGAGCCGGCGCUCAAAGGUCCACGGCAUGUCAGGAGGCCCUUCUACAUCAUCGGCCACAUGGUUAACUCGAUCGAAGAGGUGGACCAGUUUCUGAGCCAGGGCUCCAACGCCCUCGAGGUUGACAUUGAGUUUGCCGACAAUGGUACCGUGCUGGGGGCGUACCACGGCGUACCGUGCGACUGUUUCCGAGGCUGCUUCAAGCGGGAGCCAAUAGGAGAAUACCUGAAGCACGUCCGUAACGUUACCGCUUGGCCCCACUCCAGAUACCGGGGUCAAAUGAGUCUCCUUUUUCUCGACUUGAAGACGGCAAAGCUUUCGAAAAGCGUUAAGGCCACGGCCGGCCAGACGCUUGCCCAGAACAUUGUCACCCAUCUAUGGAAAGGCGUGAAGCCAAAGUACAGAAUGAACGUGCUGCUUUCCAUCGGCUACACCAAAGAGAGUGAGGUCACCUGGGGUGCCUUGAAAAUUCUGAGGAAGAUGGGACCUCCUGAUUUCUUGAACAACAUUGGUUUCGACGUGGGCAUGAACGACCCCCUGAAGGACAUCGAGCGUAUGUACAACAGGCUGGCCAUCAAAGGUCACAGGUGGCAAGGCGACGGCCUCUCCAACUGCCUGCGCUUCCUCAUGCCUUUGGACAGGCUUAAAGCGACGGUCAAGUUAAGAGACAGCGAGGAUGGCUACGUCGACAAGGUGUACCACUGGACCAUCGAUCUGCCUUUCUACAUAGAGGAAAGCAUCAGGCUCGGCGUCGACGGUAUCAUCACAAACCAGCCUUCCAACGUGCACCAUGUCGUCACAAGCGUCCUCUUUCGAGAUCGCCUCAGGGUUGCCGACAUGAGCGACAGCCCAUGGGUGAAAAUUCGCCGAACUGCUCGCGAGAUAAAAGAGGAUGCGGUGCACUCACCCAAAAGCAUUGUCGGGGGUGGAACGAAUGGAGAGUAACUGAACUGGCGGCGUACAAACGUAGUCUGUAAUUGCGUAACCAGUAUUUGUUACUUGAAGCAUUCAUUUGUCCAGUAACAAACUUUUAGCGUUUUCUUUUUGUGCGUGUUUUCGUUUAUUGGACUUGAUGUGGUUGUAUUUUUUUCUAGCGUUGACCCAGUCUAUGCCUUCUUGAUAGCAUUGUAAUCCCCACCUGCUAUGCCC